AAGGGUUAACCCUUUUUAUGUCUUUGAGCUGCUUAUAAAGAGGGGGAGGACAAGCCUCCGCCUUAUUGAGAACCUUUUGGGGUUUAUUCUCUUCUCUCCUAACUUGAUUAAGAAUGACGCAGAAGAGAAAAUUUUGUUCCAGUGCAAAUGUUUACUCUCAAGUGCCUGAUGGAGGAUGGGGCUGGGUAGUGGCUUGCGCAUUUUUUGUGGUAGAAGCACUUACAUAUGGUGUCAUCAAAUCAUUUGGCAUCUUCUUUAAUGAUAUAAGGGACAGUUUUAAGGAAACCAACAGCAGAAUCUCAUGGAUAAUAUCAAUAUGCGUGUUUGUGCUAACAUUUACAGCUCCUCUGUCCACAAUAUUGACCAAUCGUUUUGGCCAUCGUCCAGUGGUGAUUGUAGGAGGGCUGCUUGUCGGUGCGGGGAUGAUUGUGGCAUCCUUUUCACAAACUGUUGUUCAUAUGUACAUCACUAUUGGAAUAAUCUGUGGUUUGGGAUUCUGCCUCAGCUUCCUCCCCACUGUCACCAUUCUGUCACUAUACUUUGCAAAAAGACGCUCCCUGGUGACUGCAGUUGCUUCCACAGGAGAAUGUUUUGCAGUGUUUACUAGUGCACCAGCCAUCACAGCUUUGAAAGAGAAAAUUGGCUGGAGAUACAGUCUCUUCUUUGUUGGUGUAGUACAGCUAAACAUUAUCAUCUGUGGAUCCCUGCUUCGACCAAUUAUAAUCAGAUCACCCAUAACACCAAAAGUAUCCUCAGCCGAAAAUCGGAAAGAAGUGCAGUAUAUGCUUGAAAAUGAGAAAACACACACCUCAAUAGACUCCAUUGACUCAGGAGUAGAAUUAACUACCUCACCUAAAAACGUGCCUAGUAAUGCCAAUGCAGAGCCUGAGCCAAAGACUGACAUAGAAAUCCUGGUAAAAUCCACUGAUACAAAACCAAGUGAAAAAGCUUCAUUAUUGGACUUUUCCAUUUUGAAAGAAAAGAGUUUUAUUUGUUACAUGCUUUUUGGUCUGUUUGCUACACUUGGAUUCUUUGCUCCCCCUUUGUACAUCAUUCCUCUGAGCAUCAGUCUGGGUGUUGACAAGGAUCGUUCAGCUUUUACAUUAUCUGCAAUGGCAGUGGCAGAAAUUUUUGGAAGAAUUAGUGCUGGUUUUGUCCUUGAUAGAAAGCCUAUCCGUAAGGUCUACAUUGAGCUUAUCUGUGUCAUUCUGUUGACUGUAUCUUUAUGUGCCUUUCCUUUUGCUUCUGAAUUUUGGGGUCUUAUGACAUGCAGCGCAUUUUUUGGGUUCAUGCUUGGAACAGUAGCAGGUACUCAUCUCCCUCUACUAGCUGAAGAUGAUAUAGUGGGAAUUGAGAAGAUGUCUUCUGCAGCUGGAGUCUAUGUCUUCAUUCAGAGUAUAUCGGGGCUUGCUGGACCACCACUUUCAGGUAUUCUAGUGGAUAGCACCUACAAUUAUGCUUCAGCUUUCUACUCCUGUGCAGCUGGCAUGUUAGUAGCAGCUAUUUUUCUGGCAUUUGUGAGACCAUGCAAAGUUGGACUGUGUCAUUCUCCUCUAGAUGAAACAAAGUCGUCUGAUAGUCAGAAGUCCAAAACUUUACAAGAUACACCUGAAGACUUUCUUGAAAUGGACCUUGGGAAACAUGAAAACAAAGGAAACAAGAAAAACGAAGUAGUAUGAUAACAGUUUUUCAAAUAAUAUAAAAUACUGGGUUAAUAGGACUAUGAGGAAAAGGUGACUGACUACCCUUUCUUCCCCACUUUCAGAAACAACAUCUUAACAGGAAUGUAUGUAUAUGUGAACAGGACUAUCAACAUCUUUUUGAAAAAUUUUCUUUUUGAAUUUGUUUUAAGUCAGCCAAAAAAAAAACCAAACACAAACAAACAAACAAACAAAAAAGCUUCCGUUCAAAAUCUGGUUGUAUGUCAUUAGCUAAAUGAGAAUGCAUUAGACCUUCACAUUCCUGUUUUUAAAGAGGUGCUAUGCAUCAGCCAAGUGUUUUCACAGCUCUAAUUCCCAUGCUGGUAAACUGGGAUCUUAUGAAAUAAUUGUAGCCCAUGUGACAAUGAGCAGACCACUCAAAAAAUCCUAGACACUACUGAAAACUCCUUGAUCUUUUUAGGAAAAUGAAUAGAUAAAUAUGAAUAAAAAAAAUUUUUUUUAAAUAAUGACUUUGGUGUUUCCAUUUGGCAAAACAUGGGCUUUUAUUUUUCUAAAUGGAUUAAUCUGAUGUAGAAUUUUAGACCAAAUAGCUUAUCAAUAAACUGAGGAAUUGUGAAAUAAAUAACCGUAACAACUUGAAUUGGAUAAAUGUGAAGAUUACCACUUAUUUUUAUGGCCAGUUUUUACCAUAUGUAUUUUAAUACAAAAUACUUUUCCAGAAUAGCAUUCUCAAAUAUAUUUCCUGUUUUUUUGAGUUAUUCCUAUAUCUGUGAUUGUAGUAUGUUAAAUUUAAACCAGUAUUUAUUUUUAACUUAUUCUAGGAUGGGUAAAAGCUGAUAGUUAUUAUGAGAAAUUAAAUAUGAAAACUAGUAAAAUGCAUUUUACCUCCUUUCAGCUAUCCUUUCAAUGCCUCAAAAAAAUCUUUUGUUUUGUAAAAUUACUGUAUUGAAAAUACAGACUGUAAUGAUUUCUCAGUUUUUCUUUGGAAUGAUCUUAACACAAACUGUGCUAUUUGAAAACAGAUAAAACCCCCCUUGGGCAAGAAUAGCAAACCACCUUACUGGGUGUGAUUUAGUUUAGUUUAGUUUUUUUUUAAAUCAUUCAUCUCCAAAAAUACUUGAGAAAUUUCUUUGGUCAGAAUUGGAUUGUACUAAUUCUGAUUUUUUAAAAAAAAAUUACUGAAUGGUUGAAACAUUAAGACACUUAGGACUAUCAUUGAGUUGCAAGAUACUGUUUACAUCUUAAGACUGGGUUAUUGUUGUGGUUUUUUUCAACUUAACACUUACAUGUACAGUAUUUCCCAUUUCAAGGUUACUUAUGAAGGGAAGUGUGAAAGCAACAGGGUGGGCUUUGAUUUAUACAAAAUCUCACCUGGUCAGUGAUGGCCCUUGCUUGCCACCCCCAUCUUUUAUACAUCUCUGCUGUUACUUUAAGACAACUCAGGGGAACAAACAAGACAAGCCUAGUUUGGUUACAGGCACACACACAGCUGCAUAUAAAGUGGCAUCAUUCAUUACUUGCUAUGUUUUGUACAGCAUUUGAUCAGCAAUAGCUAUACUGGACAAUCUGUAAAAUUUUGUGGGAAUGGGGAGGGGGUAGAUGGGAAUGUAAAUGCCCCCCAAAACAGGCACUCUUAACAAUAAAGUGGAUAUAGCAAUUCUUCUGUCUCUGCUUGAGAACAAAGUUGAGCUUGUGGCAGUUUGUAUAUUUAUAUUACUUCAGCACUUUACAAUUUAAUCUUUUUCUUCUCCUAAGAUGUCCAAUACCAAUUUCAUGUUAAUAACUACUCUUUGUACAUUCUGAAUGUAAUAGCAUGAACAAGUAUGUGUGUGUUUCAGCAGACCAAUAAUCUUAGAUUUUUAAGUGGCAAAAAAAUAAAACAGGAUUGUUGAUUUGGGCAUUAUUAUAUCUAAUGAAAUUCUGGUAUUGCUAGGAAACAAUGAAAUUUGCAAUAAAUUCAUGAGGGUUUUUUUUAA